AUGGAGGUCCAUCGCAUCAUGAUCUACUCGCCCGUGCUGAGCGGUCUCUUCCUCUUCCGUCUCCGCACCGAGAUGUACGACGUUGGCCUGGCCGUCGCUAACGCCUGGGGUUCCGUCACGUACACCGCCCACCUGUAUAAUGCCUUGCGAGGGAGCCGCCUGCUAGACGGCCUGUGGCCUGAUAUGGAGGUUAUGCUUACCCUGCUUGGUGACUCUGGUAUCUGGGGGGGGGGGGGGGGCGAGCGCCCGGGGACGAGCAUGGACUGUUUUCACAAGUUCUGUCUCCAGAUGGGGAUUUCGGCUGCCGCCUUCACUGGAAACCGCCGACGAAGACCUGCGAUUGCCUCGCGCGCCGGUCCGCGAGGUAUCGAGGAGGGUGCCCCCGUGUCGUCCAUGUUUAAGGCCCAGGUGUGCUCUGGUGCUGGCGUCGAGUGGACGCCCGAUCUGCUCGAUGACAUCGUCGCACGCAGCGCCUAUCGGCAGGAGGGCUCGAUCGACAACGGAGACUUGAUCAUGGCGCAGAUUGACGAUCCACAAGAGCUCAGGGCGAGGGCGGCUGGGAAAGGCCGGGCCGCCGAUGGCCUCGUCCCUGACGAGCUUGUCGCCACGCUUGUCAUGGCGCUGAACUGCGAGUCUCUCGAGAUGGCGUUCCCCUACCUAAUGAUGCAUCGCUGGAUGCUUGCGACCCUGUCUUGA